AUGUUUGGCCAUACCCCUUCCUUUUUCUUCUUUAUUCCCUCCUCCUACAUUCCACCAGAUUGUUCUUUGAAGAAGCAAGGCUACUAUCAUAUUUGGCCACAACAAACUUCCUUUUUCUUCUUUAUUCCCCUCCUCCUACAUUCAGAUUGUUCUUUGAAGAACUGUCUUUCAAGGCUAUCCUAUCAUGUUACAUGGCCAUACCAACUUCACUUCCUUUUCUUCUUUAUUCCCCUCCUCCUACAUUCCACCAGAUUGUUCUUUGAAGAACUGUCUUUGCAAGGCUAUCCUAUCAUGUUACAUGGCCAUACCAACUUCACUUCCUUUUCUUCUUUAUUUCCCCUCCUCCUACAUUCCACCAGAUUGUUCUUUGAAGAACUGUCUUUGCAAGGCUAUCCUAUCAUGUUACAUGGCCAUACCAACUUCACUUCCUUUUCUUCUUUAUUCCCCUCCUCCUACAUUCCACCAGAUUGUUCUUUGAAGAACUGUCUUUGCAAGGCUAUCCUAUCAUAUUACAUGGCCAUACCAACUUCACUUCCUUUUCUUCUUUAUUCCCCUCCUCCUACAUUCCACCAGAUUGUUCUUUGA